GCUCUCCUGCUACUUUCUUCAACCUACUGCCCCGGGUCCCUGGAGCAGCCAGGGCCGGGGGCCCCGCCAGAGCUGUUGUGACGUGCUGGGGUUGCCGGGCGGUGGUGAGGGAGUGUGGACACAGCAUGGCGGGGUGCCUGGGCCUGCUCCUGGCCCUGCUUCUUUCUCUGCUCCCGGCCUUGGCAGCGGAGUGCAACCUGACCGACAGCGGCGAGCAGGCGGUGGGGGCCCUGGAGGAGAGCACCGGGGCCCUGCAGGGAAGCGCCGAGCCCCUGGAGGGGAAUGCUGAUCUGGGUCUGAAUGCCACGGAAGUAGAAUUUGGAGUAUGCUCAGUUACAUGUGGGAUUGGCAUUCGAGAAGUUCUACUAACUAGUGGAUGCCCUGGGACUGAAGAAAAAUGUAUUGUCCGUGUGGAGGAAUGCCAGGGGCCAGUAGACUGUGGAUGGGGAAUACCAAUUCCAGAAGACCCUACCUGUGUGAAGAUGCCUUGUAUUUCUAUACCUCCUGAAAAUCAAUUUACAUAUACUUGGAAAAUGUUAAUUGCAAACAAGACAUCACACCUGCUUCUGAAUGAUUCAGCUGUUCUGAAAGUUUGCAGAGAUACCCAUUCGCUUAUUUUCCAGUGUGAAACUCAAAAAAAUGGAAAUACAAUUGCCUCUGUAAAAUACAGAGUCUACGCAGCAACUGGAAUGCAAACAAUAAAGCCAAAGACAAUAGAAAUGAACCCAUCAAGCAAAACAAUGCUAGAUGCCAUCCUGGUCUUUUGCGUGAUAACUGGAUUCAUUGUGAUUGCUCUUGAGAUCUUUGCCAUGAUCUUUAUUGUUGUUUUCUGGGGUGUUCUAAAAUCUGUUUGGCAAUUAAAAUCUGAGCAAGACAAGAAGCUGGCCAACAAAAAGUAGCUCCACCACUCAGGGUCCACAUUGGCCUUUCAAGGAACUGGAGUCUCCAUCCACAGCUACAGUGUUCUCACCAUCUGCAUUGGUUAUAAUACAAGAAGUUAGAGAGCCCUCACUCAGAGAGGAUGAAGUACAGAAAUCCUUCCAGGACUGGCAUUACAAACAAAAUUAGAAAAAAAAAAUAGAUUACAUAGAAAUAAGAUAUGAAGAAUAUUAAAAUACGUUUGAAAUGCUGGUUUUAAGAAGUACUUUUUACAGUUCAUUUACUGUCUUGGAUCACUGAACUUUAUGUGAAAUGGGUAAAAAUACUUCUAUCUUAAGGUCGACAUAACUCCCCAGGUAGUUCAAUAGUGUGAGAACCUCUGAACUGGACAACCAAAGCCAGCUUUUCAUGAGAAUGUUGAAAAUGAUAUAUUUAACAUGUUUUAUUUUUGCAAAGAUAUUAAUCUGGACUAGGUGAAACUAAACAUACAGUCUAGGCAGAGACCAUUUUUUGUAAAGGGCUCCUAAUCUUCUUGAUGAUCCUCAAGCACAGCACCUACUAUGUAAUCACUAUAAUCUAGUUUCUUCUUGACACAUGGAAGGAUGUGUAAUGGUAGGGAAGAUCAUUAGAAGUUGCUUCAUAAAUUUCAUUACAUUUUUACCUGAACAUUUGUGCACACAACUAUUUCUGCCAUCAAGGGGACCAAAAGAUGUGAACAGAACAGUAGCUUCAUGGGGUCAGACCAAGGAUUUAUCUACCUCUGUAUCAAAUCAAUGGACAAAAAGGGGAUGUCUAGGGAAGAGUACAAAAACAAGACAAGGAUGUGUGAUGUUUCCCACGCGUAUUCCUCCAGCUUCCAGGCAUUUGGAGGUUUUCUAAACCAGAUGCUAUUUCUAAGCGGUUAGCAAUCUUGAAUGGAUUUCUUUUCCAUGGCUUUGUUCAGUGUCCCUGUGUACCUGUGUGAGCUUCUGUCACAUAAAACACCCUAUGGCAAGGAGAUCCACAGCGCAAUCACAUCUUUUGUCCAGCUUGAAUCCAAUUCCUUCUAGCUUCAUGUGUCACAUCUUAUUCUUGAAAAGGCACUGAGCUGUCAUUCCACACUAUCCUCUCCCUAAAAGGGACUGUCUUUCAGACCUCUAGCAUAUUCCCUGGUUGUUUUCUAUCUGGAGUGAAAAGCGCAAGAUUACGCAGUGAUUCUUCAUCCUGAAACUGUACCAUACCUCUGACCAUCCUUGCUGACCUUCUCUAACCCUCCUUCAUUACAUGACUGUCUUGUUUAUGAAGGUGCUUUCUGUUUGUGUGAAUAAACCUUGUUUGAUGCAAAUAAAAAACCUGAGCUGAUGGCAUGUUGAAAAAUGGACAGUGGACUUAUUAAAAUGUUCAAUAGAUUUUAUGAUUAAGAUUUUUCUCUUGAGUAUAGUAGAAGCUCUGAAAAGAGGCCAAAUAUUGAGCACUCCAGGGUAGAGAAUGCUUCUCAGUACAGAACAUUGCGAAAAAAUUGCAAAAAAAUAGAUUGGAGGUAGUAACUCAUCCUCUCAAAGAAUUCCUGUUCUCUUCAGAUCCUGUAUUGCUGCAGAUGUUCUAACUGCACCAUCUGCACAUCCUUAAAAAAGCAUUAUCAUAUUUUUCAGAGAUACAUAAUUUUGUUUGCUCUUUAGUGAAAAGAUCAUUUACGUUUUUGAAAAUAAAAUAUCAUAUUCAAAAAUGACGUGCAGUUAAUUCUAUAAAAAUAUCUUUUUUUUAAAAAAAAGAGAUGAUAUUUUUGGUAACACUAUCAUUAGCUAUGUCCUUUUAUAUCAUUUGGUGGACAAACCUAAAAGUCUUGCAACAUUCGGGAGAAAAUGCAUAGAGAAGGAAAAAACAGACAAAAACAAUUUUGCAGUUUGCAAAACUAGCUUAUGCAUUCGAUGUGAGAUUUUGAUCCCCUGCAAUCAAAGACAGCGUAUUGCAGUGAGUCUGGGAUUAGGCCUGGAAUGCUGGUCUUAAAAAGAGACUAAACCCAGUUGUUAUUACUGAGGAAAAUGCUUCCACGGAGAGUAUGGUAAAUAUGAAGCCCUGCGACUGACUUUUGAACUCUCGAUUUCAUGUUCUAAUUUAGGUGUGACAUAUCUGAAAGAAAGGGAACUAGAUUCUACUUUUCCAUAAUGAUGCAAAGGUGUACUAUUAAACAACCAUUUUGUAUUUUAAUAACAUUUGCAAAGAACCUCUAGUCUCAUUUGUGUUGAUAUUUUGAAGGUGUUAAAUUUCCAUGGUCUGCUGCCAAAUCCAGGAAAAAGUAAUAGAUACAUAAGCAGAGUAGUUCAGAAAAUGAAAUUCAGAAACAGCUGAACUAAUUCGUACUGGUAAGUGUGGGGGUCCUUAGGGGACAUGACGGAGGUUUGGGUCUUUAUGGACUUACAUUUUGUAAAAUAUUAUUAAAUUCUUCCGCCCUUUUGUUGAUGUUGUUGUUGUUGUUGUUCUCCUAUAACUACUUGAAGUUACCUAGGAAAAAAGUCACUAGAAAAUUUGAUGCAAAAAUGGUUGCAUAAAAUACAGAAGAGUGCCUUGCUUCUCAGCGGAUAGAGUAAAAAGGCUGUUCUGUUGUUGAAGCCGAAAUCAGAAACUCGAAGAAGUGAGGAAAUUCCCGUGGUUAAGAUUACUCUGUCCAAGCAGCCAUCACACAACCACUGUAUUAUUGUUCUCUUACCCUAAAUAUAAACUUGAGUUAAUUGCUCUUUGUACUAGAUGCAGCAUAAAACACAUAAGAAGUGCAAAAUUAUUAUCUUAGCACAACCCACAGCAGCCUUCCCAGGCUUUUGAUUCCAUAGUCUCAAUAAUGUACUUAUUAGUUUGGUAACAAGGUGGACAGCCAUAACAGAUAAAGGACAUUCAGAAAUAAGUAUUUCAACUGAAGUAUUUUAAAAGAGAUAAAGAACAUGUUACAAUCUGCUUGAAUACUUCUGGUAAGAAAUGUUCACUGUCUAGGAUAUAUAAUUGUAUUUGAUGUAACUCCUUUUAUCUGUAGUGCCUGUCAAACAUAAAGAUUGGUUUUGUUGUUACUUUCUGGUAGUGGGUUAAUUAAGACAACCAACAAGAGUUUCUGCUUUUCCACAGACUUAAGUAAAGUAUUUCUGUCUCCUGCUUUCUGACUGCAGUGGAAACUUUAUCUUUACUGAUCACCCCAAGGUAUGAAAUUAUUCUUACUCUCAGACCUUAGACGUGUGCCCAACUCCUGUUUAAGCCAGUGGUAUUUAAGCUCUUGAGGUGAGAAUCUGCUGCAUUUCCAAGGGGAGAACCACAGAAGAACUGGAAGCAGAAGGGGCGAAAGUUACAUCUUCAUGGUCUCAGGAGUUUGUCCUGCUGACAAGAACUUUUGGUCAGAUUAGGCAGAUUAGGCAGCAUAUUGCGGUGACUCUGGGAUUAGGUCUGGAAUGCUGGUUUUAAAAAGAGAUUAGGCAGCCUCCCUCGUCCACUCUGCAAAGGUGUGAUCUGUACAGAAAUCCCAGUGCUCUGGGAGCUUGUGGCUUCAGACCCCACACCUUGGAGGGCCAUCAAGCUCAGUUCAUCGCCUUUUCACCUGUCUAUGCUGCACAGAGGACUUCUGGUGUCUCCUCCCACUACUCCAGCUGCUGGAUCCAGGAGGCAGGGGACAGAGUGAAGGUGAAAAUCUCAUAAUGCUUAAUUUUAAGUUUAUGCUUUCUUUCCUGAAUGAAGAUGUCCUCACAUAUAUGUUUAAGUGGUUUCGUGAAUCAGGGACAAAAUGAGUGUGUCAUCCCUUGCUUUCACUUGCUUUGCAUUGUCUAAUAUUGCAGCAUAAUCUUGUGGGUUUUGUUUUAAUUUAAUAGUAUUUUAAACAUUUCUCCACUAUUCUUUCAUCUUCCCUUUCUUAUUCUUCUUAAAGAAAAAUCUUUUUGAAAUGCAUAUCUUGUCUGUGUAUGAUCCACCAUCUGUCUCAGGAAAUUUAGGAUGCAUUUAUAUAGUUAUUUAGGUCUUGAUGUAUGUGCAGUUUCAAUUAUGUAUGGUCUAAUAGUACAUACCAUAAAAAUGAUUUUUUUUUUUCUUUGACAGCUUUACUAGCUCUUUUUGGAAAUGAAAUUUUUAUGGUGAAUUGCAGAGAUUUUCAUUAUUUUUUUAUAACUUCAUUUAGUCAAACACACUUAACAAAAUAAUAAGUACUCAUGUUUUUUUCUUUCUUUGCUGCUGUGUGUACAGGAGAGAAAUUGCCACAGAAAUAUGGGCCAUUUUUUAACCUGAUGCUGUAAAAAAAAAAAGAAAUACUAGUUGAAUACAGAUUCAGUGCUCCAUGACCGGUGACAAAAUUUGAGCAUUGUGCAACUAUUAUAGGAAGAAAGUAAGCAAAUAAUUUGAUUUAUGAUUUGAUUAAUCAGAAAGCUACAACGAAAUGUUAAGUCAAAUGUACAGCAUUUCAUAUGGAUUUCAGAAAUACAGCUCUUGCAGUUUCCAGUUGUUUAUUUAUAAAGUAUAGAGAUGCAUUUUUCAGGACCUGAGCACUCAACUUCUACUUCAUUAUGAGAAUCUUGUAAUCUUUAGUUACAAUUUGCUAAGUUUUUUACUUUGCUGUAGAGGAAAACUUUUGACUUAGAACUGGGUCAGAAUGCUCAGACUGGAAAAUCCAUUAUGGCGAAUUUUCAGGACAAUGCUACUUUAACAGGAAAUUGUGUUUGUGGGCUGUGAAAAGAUAACUGGAGAAAAAGCUUGCGUGUCUGAAUCAAUUAAACCACACAUCUAGCAUGGCUGGAUAUGGAUAAUUGAUUAUUUAAAAUUACUUAACCUACAAAUGUUUUGCACUCUAUCCUCAUGUUCUUAUAAUCAAAAAGUUACUGGGCAAAAUGAAAAGACAUGAGCUGAUUAAAUCUUCAUUUUGGACUGUAAGCCCUUUCCCGAAGAGAUGGUUUUGUAGUACAUGUGCCAACGAAGUCUUAUAACAUGAUG